AGCGACCCGAGCCUUGGUGUAACCUUCGCCAUAUGCCGUCCCCGCACCCGACUAAUGCUACUCACUCCACUACGCCUUUCUCUCAUAGUGUUAUCGCAGGUGGUAUUGCAGGUAUGGUGGAGCUUACCGCAAUGUACCCUCUUGAUGUUAUCAAGACGAGAGCUAUGGCAGGGACAGGUCGACAGAAUAACAUGUUCAUUGUGUUAUCAAUGAUUCACUCUGUUCGCUUGUUAACGGUUGGUAAUCACUAGGUACUCACCAGAGCAAUCAAGGAUGAGCGUAUUCGUAUUUAUCGCGGAAUGCUCUUCCCCUUACUGUCUGAGACACCUAAACGGGCUCUAAAGUUUUCUACUAAUGCUCAGUUGCGAGAUAGUUUUCAAAGGCUCGGAUACUCCGGCCAGACGCUAGCAUUAAUGAGUGGUGUAGGAGCUGGUAUAUGCGAAGGAGCUAUAGUGUGCUCACCAGAGCUGGUGAAGAUACGUAUGCAGCUACCCGAAAACAGAGGCCUCUACUCCUCGAGCAUACAGGCCGCAAGUGCGAUUAUUCGGCAUGAGGGUGUUGCGGCACUCUUCACUGGCUUCUGGUGUACACUGCUCAGGAACGCCUGCUGGAAUGGGACCUAUUUUGGGAGUAUCUUCGCCAUCAAGUCGACCAUAUACUCCACAACCAAGGAGGAGUCUAAAUUCCUGAACUUCGCUGCUGGUACCAUUGCCGGCUCCCUCGGGUGUUGUGUCAACACUCCUCUCGAUGUUGUCAAGACUAGAAUGCAGAAUUCAUCAGCUUUAAAGCAGGCUCGACCCGAGGAUGCAGAAAGGCUACUAGCAGUACCAACACGCACAGUUCCCUUGCUACUCCAUGUAGCGCGAACAGAAGGGGUAUCGUCACUAUGGAAGGGGCUUGCACCAAAGAUUAUCCGUUUGGGUCCAGGCGGUGGCAUAAUGUUAGUAGUUUAUGAGCAAGUGACAGAUUAUCUCGGCCGCCUCGAACGCAGAGCAGGCACUCAUUAAGCCGUAUUCUUUUCAUCAUUUUA